CCCGGGGGGGACCGCCCCUGUAGCAGCAUGGAACCCGCCUUCCGCCCCCACCCCUGAGCCCAGACCCUUUUGUAGAUUCUGCUGAAUGCAUGUAACAUUGAAUAAUGUAAUAACGAAAGGCUAAGACUCGCUCUGGAAGCUGAGAGGAUUCUUUGGCUGACAGGAUCCAAGAACGUGUGGGGAGAACCAAGCUUAGAUAUUGUGACUAUAGUCUUUGGCAGCUUUACGUUUACAACCCUAACUUCUGCCAUAAGAGAAAGCAGCCUGCAGAAAUUUGUCAGUUUUUGAGGAGUAAUUUGACAUUGUACCGUUCACUUUAAAAUAAUUCAUUGGAUUUUUAAAUCGAUGUAAGCAAUUUAUUGUUCAGUUCUGUGAUAUAACCUUACACAAGACUGAUUUUAUUUCCGCUCAGAAGACCAACAACAUAACAUUCUAGCAUUUUGUUGAUGGCUUAAAUAAAAAGAUCACAAUUACAUUUCCCUUUGUGUCCCAUUUUUGAUGUGCUGCACUUUGGGCAGCCUUAAGUGAAAGAGAACAGUGUUUUUUGCUUUACCCUAAGUGCACACGGAUGGUACAAAGGAAGCUUCAACAAAACCACCAUAGUCCUGAAAAGCCUUCAGGGAAAGGCGGCCUGAAUGAAAGCCAGGAGCUGGAAGUCACCAUCGUCUUCCAGGUUGAGAAGGGACUGGGAACUAAAACUCUAGGGCAAAGAAAAGACCAGAUGAAAGAGUGGUGGAUUCAGGUGGGGCUGCUGAGUGUACCCCUCCUUGCUGUCUACCUGCACAUCCCUCCGCCUAAGCUGUCCCCAGCCCUUCACUCAUGGAGGGCGUCAGGAAGGUACUUCACGUACAAGACCCAAAACAUCUUUUACAGAGAUUCAUCAGGUGCACUCGGCAGUUCCGAUAUUGUGGUUCUGUUACAUGGCUUCCCAACCUCCAGCUAUGAUUGGUACAAGAUUUGGGAAGGGCUGACCCAACGAUUUCAAAGGGUGAUCGCUCUGGAUUUUGUAGGAUUCGGUUUUAGUGACAAGCCUAGGCCCCAUCGCUAUUCCAUUUUUGAGCAGGCCAACAUCGUCGAGGGGCUGCUGGGGCACCUGGGUCUCCGAAAUCAGAGGAUCAACCUCCUGUCUCAUGACUAUGGAGACACAGUUGCACAGGAACUGCUCCACAGGUAUGAACACAAUAAAACUGGAUGUGUUCUGAUCAACAGCCUCUGUUUAUCCAAUGGAGGUAUUUUCCCAGAAACUCAUUACCCCCGGUUCAUUCAGAAGAUUCUCAAGGAUGGUGGCCCGCUGUCCCCCAUCAUCACCCGGCUAAUGAACUACUACUUCUUCUCAAGAGGACUUGGAGCAGUCUUUGGUCCGUAUACGCAGCCUUCAGCGGCGGAAUACUGGGACAUGUGGACAGCAAUCCGGACAAAUGAUGGAAACCUUGUUGUUGACAGUAUUUUACAGUAUAUAAAUCAAAGAAAGAAGCACAGAGACCGUUGGGUUGGGGCUCUGACAUCCACCUCUGUUCCAUUGCAUCUAAUCUAUGGGCCCUUGGAUCCCGUGAAUCCAUAUCCCGAGUUUCUUCAGCUCUACAGGAAACUGCUUCCUGCGUCUACAGUCUCUGUUCUGGAUGACCACAUUAGCCACUAUCCACAGCUUGAAGAUCCUAUGGGCUUCCUGAAUGCAUAUUUGAACUUCAUCAACUCCUUCUGAGCAGCAACGUGGUCUUUCCCUCUCAUGCUUUGGCUCAGUGUUGUUUACUUUGAGCCAGCGUGCUUUUAUUUCCAGACCUGACCCUUAACUUUCCUGUUCUGUGCAGAGUGACCUUUGGGUAUGUUAGGCCUGGUCCCCACUAAGUCCCCAAAUCGGACUAAGGUACGCAAAUAAUAACGUAGCUGAAUUCGAAGUACCUUAGUCCGAACUUACCGCGGUCCAGACGCGGCAGGAAGUCUCCCCCCGUCGAUGCCGCGUACUCCUCUCGGCGAGCUGGAGUACCGGCGCGGACUGUGAGCACUUCCGGGAUCGAUUUAUCGUGUCUUAACCAGACGCGAUAAAUCGAUCCCAGAACAUCGAUGGCGUGCCGCCGGACCAGCCGGUAAGUGAAGACUAGGCCUUAGACUACUGUAUAUGUGUAAGGAACUGAACCUUUGAACACUGGGAAGGAUUAACCUAAAGGGAGGCGUGAAAGACAACGUGCACAUCCAAGGGAAGUUACAGGAUACGGAUAGUAGUUGCUAGGCCAGAGGGCACAAUUGGGAACUAGUGGUGGGGAGGAGGGAUGGCAUUGCUAAUCAUGCUAUUCCAAGAUUCCUUUCCUGUCCUUGGGGCCAGAAGUAGCCCAGCGUAUCCCAGGAAGCCAGUACCCCAUUUACAACCACAUGCCAAUGAGUUUGUUUCCAGAACAGUAAGCGGCACAGUAGAUCCUUCUCUUCUCUGAAAGUGCAUUUAACUGAGCUACUCUAUAGACAAGCUUUAAAAUGGGAAAAUACCUACAUUAUAAAGAUGUGAACUAAUAAUUCGUUGGCAGGCCUUGUUACCUAAUUCUUCCUUUGAAGGGCUUGUCUACACAUUGACUAUACUGCUCUAGGGCAGCAAAAUCCCCUUCUUGGGAAUAGUUAUACGGUGGUGUGAGUGCUCAUCGUGGUAGAACUGUCUACAGAAGGGCUUUUACUAGCACAGCAUCUCCCCUGACUAACCCCCUUGUGCCAGUAAAAUGUAAGUGUGGAACAGUCCUAAAAGGCAAGUUUUCUUAACCACCUAACCUCUAUUAUUAGUACUCCACUCCAUAAUGCAAUAACAAGGUGCAAAUUAAAAUGCAUUGUAGCCUCACCAGUGUGUCUUGGAAGAGAUGUGCUCUACUGUAGCAUAAAGUCAAGAGGGCUCUUUACUUGAAGUGUUAUUUUCAGAUAAAUUGUGGUGUUAAGCUAAGACUGAUUGCCAAUAUUAAAGCAAUAACUACCUAAAACCACAGGGAAUUAUAAAAGACAUUAAAAACAAGUUUAAAAAAACCUGAAGUACUGGCUAUGCUGCAUACAGAGACUUUAUGCGACCUCAUACUACGGAAAGUAGUAUCUUUCCUAAAGAGUUGCAAGUCCUCCCCUUAAAAGGGACCGUAUUUAACUCAAUUUUAGGCUGCAGGUUCAGAACUGAAGUCAUGUCAUACUUCUAAACUUUAGGUGUUUGGUCCAACAUUGAGGUUGUAUGGCUUUCACACAGCACCAGAGGCAGAAAGAUUACAAAAUUGAUUGUAAAGCCAAGUUGGCAGGGGGACUGAGAACCACUGCUUUUUGCAACUGACCAGAUUUCUAGUUUCUAGCAUCCCAUCAAGAGGAAAGGUUUCCAAGAUGGGCUGCUUGUGCUGUACUGAACUGACAUUUAUCAGUGGUCAACCCCGCUGGCAGAGUUAUUCUCCUUGAUCAACAAUACUAUACUAGCAGUUGCUAUGGCAAAACUUUUAAAGAUUCUAUUUUAUUAGCAACAAUUCAACUAAAAUUCCACACCUUGAAACUGGAAUGAUCAAUGUUUAUUUUCUGUUAAUAAAAAUCCGUUUUGACAAAA